AUGUCCGAGGCCUGGGUUACACUCGCUACUCAUGAUGGCUAUGCUCAAGGAGCGCUGGUUUUAGCGCACUCACUGAAAGCUGUGGCAACCACAAAGAAACUUCAUUGCAUGCUCACAAAUUCGGUGUCUCCUAGCCUUCGUGCCGAAUUAGCGGCGCAAUUCGAUGAAGUGUCUUAUGUAGAUGUCUUGGAUAGCAAUGAUCAGGAAAACCUUGCCCUGAUCGAGCGACCUGAUCUUGGUUGCACAUUCACGAAACUUCACUGCUGGCGAUUGACACAAUACACGAAGGCUGUAUUCUUGGACGCCGAUACAAUGGUCCUACAGAACGCCGAUGAACUCUUUGAACGGCCCGAAUUCUCAGCUGCAGCCGAUAUCGGAUGGCCAGAUUGCUUCAACAGCGGUGUUUUCGUCUACGUGCCUAGCAUGGAAACCUACCGUCGUUUGCUGGCGUUUGCCAUCUCGCAUGGCUCGUUCGAUGGAGGUGACCAGGGCCUUCUGAAUGAGUUCUUCGCUGGUUGGCGCGACUGGCCCGCAAUCCAUCGACUUCCAUUCAUCUACAACAUGACAGCCGGCUCAUUUUACUCGUAUGCGGCUGCUUUCAAAAGGUUUGGUGCUUCUACGAAAAUUGUGCACUUUAUCGGUGCUGACAAACCAUGGCAUGGAAGUUCAGGAGCCCAAGGUGCUCACCUAGAAAUGUGGAGACAAAUUCAUCAGCAAAGUGUUGCUGCUCAUACGUCGUCAUCAUGUCAGCCAACUUCGUCUGUUCCAUCGUCAACGACGUUCUCACCGCCGAUGCCGCCGCCAUCUAUAGAAGCUCAACAUCAUCAUUCAACACCCAACCAGACUUCCUCGUCAUCAUCGUUUAGCCAUACUCAUCACUGUAAAUCGCUUGAUUCUCAUCAUCAUCAGCAGCAGCAACAUCACGACGAUCAUGGAAUGACGUCGCAUGUGCCUGAACCACAGCCUGAACAGCAAUGUUUUCAGCACGUUACGCAGAAUUUAGGUAGCAAUUUGGUUUCUGAUCGUGCGAUGUGUGUAGAUGUAGUAUCGCAUGCGUUCGUAGAACAGUCCCUUAGUGACGAUGAAGAAUCGACAAGCCAUUUCACCGAUGGCGAGGUGGUGGCGAUUAUUAGUGAGGGAUGCUCAGGCCAAGGUGACUGUGCUCAACAAAAGACUCCAUCACCGAGUGAAGAAGAAAGACUCCGUGCUUGGGAGUCCGGUCAUCCGGAUUUCAUGGGCCGUGACGCGUUCGCCAAUAUUCAAGCGGCGCUCGAUCGUGCUCUUCAGGAGUGA